GGCGGGCGUGGUGCUAUGCCCCCGUCGUUUCGGAUAGCGGUUCUCGGCGCGCAGGGCGUGGGCAAGUCGGCCAUAGUGCAGUGCUUCCUCAACGAUGACUACAGCGAGUCCCACGUCCCGAGCCGCACCCGCCGGGUGCACCUGUCCGCCGCUGUGCUCAACGGGCACGUCCAUGACCUGCAGAUUACGGACUACCCGGCCAUCAGCAGCUUUCCUGGCAGCUCCCUACAGGAGUGGUCGGACGUCUGCUGCCGGGGUAUCCGGAGUGCCCACGUGUACAUUCUGGUUUACGACAUCUGCCGUUUCGACAGCUUCGAGUACGUCAAGACCAUGCGCCAGCAGAUCCUGGAGACCAGGACGAUGGGCGCCUCAGAGACGCCGAUCCUCAUCGUGGGAAACAAGCGGGACCUCCAGCGGGGCCGGGUCAUCCCGCGCCACAACGUGUCGGACCUGGUGCGCAAGAGCUGGAAGUGCGCCUACGUGGAGUGCUCGGCCAAAUUCAACUGGCACGUCUUGUUGCUCUUCGGCGAGGCGCUGCGCAGCGUGGGCUGCGUCCGCUGCAAACACGUGCACGCCACCGUGCGCUUUCAGCGGGCAUUGAGGAGGGAGCGCUGCACGCUCAUGUGAGACAGGUCAGUCCCGAUGCCUCACUGUUUCCGAAGAGGAGCUUGGAUUAUUCUUUCGCCAAGGAACUUUGACAGAAUGAUUCGCUUUUUGAU